AUGCCGAGUGACGGCCGUUCGGUAAUCGUAAUUGGUGCUCCUGGGAGCCAGAGCCUUCGACGUCACGGCUCGUUGCUCCUCGAGAAUCGUCGAAAAUCUUGCGGACGGAGGAAAAUGGGGUCUCUGGGUGGAUUCGUGCACUUGCCGUGGAUACUCUUCGAUGGUGGUUACAGGAUUCGAUCCAUCUUCGAGACGCGGCGACAGAAGAGAAGACGCAAAAGGGACUUGGCCCGCGACGCUGGGGUGAGUUAUGCAAAUGCGACAAUAACCGAACGUCAAUCAGGAAGAAAGUUAAGUUCCAAGGGAUACCCGGGUUGCCUACCGUAG